AUGACUACGGCCGAGAGAAAAUCAGUCCUGCGCGUCAUGGUUGUUGGAGUGCCUGGUGUGGGCAAACGAGCUGUCGUCGAGGACUUCAUUGAGAUGAGAGGGGAUCUCGGUGAAAAAACGACUUCCUUUGAACACGGACAUAAAUGGACCAUACAAGACUGUGAGGUAACGUUUCAUAUCGUUGACGUAUCACCAGACACUGUUUCUGACAAAGCUUUGAAAAGACAGAUACGGGCCUGUGACGCCUUCAUUCUGAUGCACUUAGUAGAGGAAAAGAAGUCUUUUGAGGUAUUGCCUCUCAUCAAGGAUGUGAUCCUCAAAGAGAAAGGCAUGGAAACAGAUUUGCCAGUGUUUGUGGUCGGACAUAGAGUUGACUUUAAGGAACUGGUGGUGGAGUCCAAGAUAGCUUCGACGGUGGUCUGGGACUGGAUGAUGAACUAUAGGGAACUAUUUGAAGGUAACCAGAAGCACAACAGCAAACUAUUUGGAGACAUUAUGGAAAGGUGGUUUGGUACUUCCUUUGUGGCAAACACGCAAGAAAGAAAACAGAAGCGUAAAAAAUCAUUCUUCCAAAGAUUGUUUAAAAACUUGAAACUUUAA